AGUUGUGUGUUUAUCCGGAACAUGGACAUGGCUAGCCGGAACGGCAAAAUGAAGGAUAGUAAUGAAAGUAAAGCUGAAUCUGAUCUGCUGCUUCACCCUGAACUGCUGUCUGAAGAUUUUAUUAAGCUUGUCCUGCAUGAGAGGAAGAUAAAGACAGAAGAAAGUGAAGACCGUGACCACCUUACGGAUCUGUAUAUUCAGCAUGUUAUCCCUCUACCACAGCGAGAACUCCCCAACAGUAGGUGGGGGAAAAGAAUAGAGAAGACAAAUCCACGCCAUAGCCAAACGUCUACACAAAGCUCAAGCACAGGUACUGGUAGGAAACGGCCCCUCAUUGUGUUUGAUAACCAGCCCACCAAAUCAGGCAGCGUUAAACUGAAGAGAGCUGAUGACAAACCAGCAGACACAGACCGCUUAAAGCCCCCACCAUCCAGCAUCGAUCUCAGUAACCCUAUCCGCAAGCUUACAGGAUCUUCCUCCCAGUCGUCAGAGUCAGUGAGGAGUCCCACAGGCAACGGCAGCCUGAGUUCCCCAUCUGCUGCAGCUUGUGCUAACUCCAGCAACUUAAGCACGAAGCAGAAACGUGCAGCACCAAGCCAUGAAGUGCCUACAAGUCCUGACCUCAAGUCUCCCGAGGUAAAGAAAAAGAUUCAGCAUGUCACAUGGCCUUGACCUUCAAUCGCCUGUCGGACACCUUAAGCAGUAAGAACUACCUUUCAGAGGUACCUCUUGGCGUUUCUCUCCCCCACACUGUGGUUAAAGAUGCCAGAUCGGGGAUAAAGAGCUGGAUCUAAAUCUGGAUGGAUCUAAUUGCACUAAAACACGGGCUCAGUGAGACCCUUUUAUAGAUGUGCAAGCAAAAGGUUAAAGGACAUGUUUUGACUCACUACGUUGUUAUGGAGAACAAUAAGGAACCGUUGUUAAAAUGUUCAUUUUCACUGAAAUAAACUCAUGUGUACAUAUGUCAUAUCCCUCCAACACGCAGGGGUCACAUGUGCAGUCUAUUUUCCCUUUUUAAUUGUAGUUUUAUACACAUUUUGCGAAUAGAACAACUUUUUAAGGAGCAUAUUGGUGGUGAUCUAUUGUCAGUGUAAUUCCAGAGUAAAAUUAAACUUUAUUUGACAUUU